AUGCUCCCAGAACCACAAUCACCACGCACUGCCUUGGCUCUUUCAGAUCUUCAAUCAACCAGUAAUUCAACUGGAGGUUUUGGUGUUGGAGGUGGAGGUAUAUCAGGGUUAUCAUUAUCAAAUAAUAAUGGAGGUUGGUCCACCAGAGGUGUCGGUGGCAUUGGUGCUGGUCUUUUUGAUAAAGGUUCUUCAUCAUCAACAAAUGCUGGAGCUGGUGCAGGAAUAUUUGGAUCAGAUUCCAAUCAGAAAAUGAUGGGAAAAAAUUCAUUAAUUCUUUGCCUUUUUGUUUCCGCUUUAUAUAUUUUAUCAACAUCUUAUGCAAAAUCUGAUAAUUUACCACCAUGUGAUUCCAUACCAAAAUUACUUUGUUGUACUGAUCGUGUACUUGAAAAAUGUUUAGGAGGUUGUAUUGAUUACAUUCAUUCUAAAUGCCCUCAUAAACUUUAUAAAUAUGAAAGAAUUCCAACUCAUGAAAAAAAUGAUAAUGAUGAUAGAUCAAUAGAAGUAAUACCUACUGAAGAAACAAAUCGUAUUCAAAAAACUUCAAAAGAAGUCAAACCAAAAUUAUUUGGAUUUUCUGAGAAAUUAAUUAAAGCUCCUAUAGAACAGGAACCUGUAUCAGUACCAAGGCAAGUUGUAUUAGCAGCUCCUUCAUUUACCCCAAAAGCUGGUGGUGAUUAUGCUUUUCUUAAUCCAAAAUAUCCUAUUACUGAGGUUUCCGAUAAAGAUCUUUCUCCUGAAUGUGGUACAGAACAAUCACAACCACCAUUUUCACCAUGUAUUUCAAGGAAAACCGUUGAUGAAUUAUUCCUUUCAUGUUGUGAACAACAUGUUCCAAAAAAUUGUCAUAGUUUAUGUAGUUAUGAACAUAGAGAACAUGUUUCUGCUGAAACUUUAAUUCAAGCUGUCCAACAAGAAGGUUGUGAUUUAAAAUAUUUAACAAAAAUUCUUUACUGUGCCAAUCAAAAUAGGGACAAUAGAAAAUGUUGUUCCUCUCUUGGACUUGAUGCACCAGAUCUUGAAGUUGGUUCUCGUUGUUUGAGAAUGUGUAACAUUUCACCAUCUGGAGAUUCAUUAUCAGUUAUAAAUGAAAAGGAUCUUGUUUGUUUGUCAAACUUGAACAUUAUUAACUAUUGUGCUAGAGCUGGUAUACGAACUUUGGCUUAA